GCGCGGCUGGAGGCUCAUGCGGCCGCAGGCGCUGUAAAGAACUGGUCCAAGAUGAAGGUCGCCGAGCUGCGUGACGAGUGCGCGGCAGCCGGGCUGGAGACCAAGGGCAGAAAGGCACAGCUGGUGGCGCGGCUGGAGGCUCAUGCGGCCACAGGUGCUGGCAGCAGCAGCGGCAGCGCGAAGGACUGGUCCAAGAUGAAGGUCGCCGAACUGCGUGACGAGUGCGCGGCAGCCGGGCUGGAGACCAAGGGCAAGAAGGCGGAGCUGGUGGCGCGGCUGGAGGCCGGGGCAGGCGGAGCGGCGGCAGCGGCGGCGCCGAGCAAGAAGCGCAAGCGCGCGGCCGGAUCGGGAGGAAGCGCAGCGGCAGCAGCGGCGCCGGCGACCAAGAAGGCGGCCACGCCGGCAGCAAAGGCCAAGGCUGGCAAGGUGCCCAAGGUCGAUGCGUUCGCCAACGUGCCGCCCGGCUCGCGGGUCCUUUCCGUCGACGGUGAGAUCUUCUCGGCCAUGCUCAACCAGGUCAACCUCUCUGCGGGCGUGUACGGGAACAACAAGUUCUACGCGCUGCAGGCGAUCCAAGGCCCGUCGAGGUACUACGCCUUCUUCCGGUGGGGCCGGGUUGGCGAGAGCGGCAAGACCAAGCUUGUGUCGUGCUCGACGGCCGAAGCGGCGAUCAAGGAGUACCGCGCCAAGUACAAGGCCAAGACCAAGAAGUACACAGUGAUGGAGAUGGCGGACGACGAUGGUGAUGAGGAUGAGCUUGCGGCGGCACUCGACGCGGUUGCCGGUGCGUCGGGCACGGCCAAAAAGUCAAGCCAUGCACGCUCUCCAAGGCCGUUCGUGACACUGUGGAGCUCAUCUUUGACUCGGACAUGUUCAAAUCGUCGAUGACCAAGCUCGGGCUCGAUACCAAGCGCAUGCCGCUGGGCAAGAUCUCGACGACGCAGGUGGCCAAGGCACGGGCAGUGCUCGGCAAGCUCAAGGCGGCUAUUGACUCGGGUAACCGCAGCGGCAUGACGUCCCACUCGUCGACCUUCUACACGCUUGUCCCGCACGCCUUCUCGCGCUCGCAGCGGCCGCCGGUCCUCUCGUCGCACGAGGCCGUGACGCAAAAGAUGCAGAUGCUCGACGUGCUCGACGACAUCCAGUCGGCACAGGCUGCACUCAAGAAGGCGGCCAAGGCCGAGCAGAGUGCUAAGGAGGAGCUUGUCCCGCACCCGCUCGACGUCAAGUUCAACGGCCUCGACAUCGACAUGGAGGCGCUCGACAAGAGCUCGGACGACUACAAGCUCCUCGCCAAGUACUUCAACAACACGCUCGCCUCGAACCGAUUCAAGAUCGCCGACAUUUUUGCUGUCUCGCGCCACUCGGCCGACGAGCGGUUUGCGCAGCACGACGCGCUCGGUGAGCGCCACCUGCUCUUCCACUCGACCAACGUCGCCGUGGUCGCCGCCAUCCUCAAGUCGGGCCUUCGCAUCAUGCCCUCGGCUGGCGGCCGCGUCGGCAAGUCGCUCUACCACGCAUCGAUGGCUCAGAAGUCGGCCCAGUACAUCCGCACCGCUCCGGAUGGCGAGGGCUUCUUCUUCCUCGACGAGGUUGUCAUGGGCAGGACCUCGGAGCUUCUUGCCGACGACUGGUCGCUCCGCGCCCCGCCCUCGGGCUACGACUCGAUCCGUGCCAUGGGCACCAUCGAGCCCGACCCCAAGGACGACGUCGUGCUCGACCUCGACGGCCACAGCGUCCGCGUUCCGGCCGGCAAGCCCAAGUCGACCAAGUACAGCUCGUCGCGGUUCCACCACUCGGAGUACUGUGUCUUUGACGAGACCCGUGUCCGCAUCCGCUACCUCAUCAAGGUCUGCCGCAAGUGAUGUCGCUUCGCCCCGCGUAAUGAACGCAAACUAAGUGUCAA